AUGGUCGAUAUAAUCAAAUAUCAAGGGUUUGAUCAUCUUUGGCAGUAUUCAGGUCCAUGGCUCUACUAUUUAUUAGCACUUUAUAUAAGUUUGCCAGUGUUGGCAUACAAGGUCCUUCCACUUUUGUUCCAUACAAGAAGAAAUAGGUCUCGCAAAACCAUAUUGAUAUUUGUUAUGGGUGAUUUGGGCCAUUCCCCAAGAAUGUGUUAUCACGCCCUUUCAUUUAGCAAACUCGAGUAUAGCGUGAGUCUAUGUGGCUAUAUCGAAUCACAACCCAAUUACGAAAUUAUUGAUGAUGUCAAUAUAGAUCUACGCCCAAUUACUGUGGUUAAGAAUGAAAAAGAUAGUCCCUUUUUAUUAUUUGCAAUGAGAAAAAUAUUGGUGCAAAUACAAGACAUUAGCAAAAUACUUUGGAGCCAUCGAGAGGAUGCAGAUUACGUGAUGAUUCAAAAUCCACCUAGUAUUCCAAUUUUGCUUGUUGUAAUAUUGUUUAAACUUUUCAUUAGCAGGCAUUUGAAAAUAAUCAUUGAUUGGCACAAUCUAAACUAUACCAUCUUGAACUUGAGAUACAACAACCUCCAUCACCCCUUGGUGAGAAUUACCAAAGCUUACGAACAAGUUUUGGCUCGCUUUGCAAGCCUCAACAUUACCGUAACCAAGAAAAUGAAAUCUUUUUUGGUUGACGAAUUCGCAUUGGAAAAAUCCAAGAUUGUAACACUUUAUGACCGACCUGGUAAACAAUUUCAACCACUAAAUGAAGUGAAGGAAAGCGGAUUGUACCGCAAGCAUGAAAUAUUCAAUGAAAUAAAAGGUAUCGAAAACUACAAAGUGCUUGUAAGUUCCACGUCAUUCACUCCUGACGAAGACUUUAAUAUACUUUUAGAGGCGUUAAAAAGUUAUGAAAAAGAGUCGAACACGCCACCAUUACUACUAAUCAUUACUGGAAAGGGACCAUUGAAAAAUGAGUUUUUAAACAAAGUUCAAGAUUUCAAAUUCUCAGAAAAAGUUGUAAUCAAGACUGCAUGGCUUUCUUCUGAGGACUAUCCCAAGAUAUUGGCGAGUGCAGAUUUGGGUGUUUCACUUCACACGUCUUCAAGCGGGAUAGAUUUGCCUAUGAAGAUUGUUGAUUUUUUCGGUUGUGGGAUCCCAGUAGUUUCAUUGGAUUUCCCAGCUAUUGGCGAAUUGGUAAAGGAAGGGAAAAAUGGGGUAAUUGUCAAAACUUCAAAAGAGCUCGGAAAAGCAAUUAGCAACAUUUUCACCAAUGAGACUAGUUUUAGACAAUUGAAAGCAGGCGCUAUGGAAGAGAGUAGAUAUAGAUGGGAUGAAAACUGGACGCUGACCUUGCGACCCAGGUUCGAGGUACAAUAA